ACUAGCUUCUUAAACUACCUCCAAGAGCAGAAAACCUAGCUCUCUCCUUCUUGUCCGUCUUCGCUCCGGAGUCCUCACUAGCAAACCUCUGCCUAUCUCAGCCUUCUGAAUUACCAGCGAAGAUGGUGAGAGUUAGUGUCUUGAAUGAUGCUCUCAAGAGCAUGUACAAUGCUGAGAAGCGGGGAAAGCGUCAAGUCAUGAUCAGACCAUCCUCAAAAGUGAUUAUCAAGUUUCUCUUGGUGAUGCAGAAGCAUGGAUACAUUGGCGAGUUUGAAUAUGUUGAUGAUCACAGGUCUGGAAAAAUUGUUGUUGAACUGAAUGGGAGGCUAAACAAAUGUGGUGUCAUUAGUCCUCGCUUUGACAUUGCUGUCAAGGAUAUUGAAGGAUGGACUGCCAGGUUGCUUCCCUCUAGACAGUUUGGGUACAUUGUGCUGACUACUUCCGCUGGCAUCAUGGACCACGAAGAGGCUAGGAGGAAAAAUGUUGGUGGGAAAGUCCUUGGUUUCUUUUAUUAGUGUUAUUGGGUUUCUGGAACAAAGAUAUAAAUUGACAAUUUUGACGAGUUUUGUCUGUGACUUGAUUUACUUCUGGGUAGUUCUGUGUUUGCAAGAUCUUUAUUUCCCUACAAAUGUGAGUAGAGGUCGUUCACUUGCAUUUUUUGAAUGUAGUAUGAUUAUCGACUAUAAUGUUUAGCGGAAUCUUUCUUCAUGCCUAGACAUGCAUGUAUGUUGCAGGUAUCAAUUAAGCUGAAAAACUUCCUUUGCACGUUCGAA